GCGGUGGCUGCGUCUCGCCUCCGCAGCACCAGCCACAGAGGCACGGGCAGACGCCGCUGCGCUUUCACGCCGUCCGCGUCAGCGCUCGUGGUGGUGGUGCUGACCAAGCCACCCUCGUAGAGCAAGUGAAACGGGUAAAAGAAAUUGAAGCUAUUGAAAGUGACUCCUUUGUUCCACAGACAUUCAGAUCAAGUAAAGAAGUCAAAAAGUCGACAGAGCCUGCUGAGCUACAGCACGAACCUGUAACUGUCGGGCCGGGAACUGCUGAUGCGUCUGCUCCUGAGAAAGAACUGCCACCUGCCAAUAUUCCGACUGCCAUCAAAUACCAAGAUGACAACUCUUUAGCACAUCCAAAUCUGUUCAUCGAGAAGGCGGAAGCGGAAGAGAAGUGGUUUCAGAGGCUGAUUGCUCUUCGGCAGGAAAGGCUGAUGGGCAGUCCGGUGGCCUGA